GCGCACGUCUUCUUGCCGUAAAUACGUCAGCCGUGCGCGCCCUCGGUCUUUCUUUCUCUCGUCCUGAAGAUGGCGGCAGGGAGUCUGUACACAUAUCCAGAGAACUGGCGGGCUUUUAAGGCCCAGAUUGCAGCCCAGUACAGUGGUGCUCGCCUCAAAGUUGCAAGCAACACCCCUGCCUUCACCUUCGGGCAGACGAACCGUAGUCCUGCCUUCCUCAGCAACUUCCCUCUGGGCAAGGUACCUGCCUUCGAGGGGGAUGACGGCUUCUGUCUAUUUGAGAGUAAUGCCAUUGCUCACUACCUAAGCAAUGAUGCCCUGCGUGGUGCCACUCCCCAGGCUGCAGCCCAGGUGCUGCAGUGGGUGAGCUUUGCUGACUCAGAGAUCAUCCCUCCAGCCAGUGCAUGGGUCUUCCCCACUCUGGGAAUCAUGCAGUUCAACAAGCAGGCCACAGAGCAGGCCAAGGAGGAUGUGAAGCGGGUUCUUGCAGUGCUGAAUCAACAUCUGAACACCCGUACGUACCUUGUGGGGGAGAGGGUCAGCCUUGCUGACAUCACUGUGGUCUGCUCCAUGCUCUGGCUCUACAAACAGGUCCUUGAGCCUUCUUUCCGUCAGCCAUACCCCAAUGUGACCCGCUGGUUUGUCACCUGUGUCAACCAGCCCCAGUUUAAGGCUGUCCUUGGAGAGGUCAAGCUGUGUGAAAAGAUGGCUCAGUUUGAUGCCAAGAAGUUUGCUGAGAUGCAGCCCAAAAAAGAGACUUCUUCUAAGAAAGAGAAGGGAGGAAAGGAGGCAGCGAAGCCCCAGGAGAAGAAGGAAAAGAAAAAGGAAGAGAAGAAGCCUGCCCCAGAAGAGGAGAUGGAUGACUGUGAUGCUGUUUUGGCAGCUGAGCCCAAAGCCAAGGACCCCUUUGCACACCUGCCAAAGAGCACAUUUGUCAUGGAUGAAUUCAAGAGGAAAUAUUCCAAUGAGGAUACCCUGACAGUAGCACUACCCUACUUCUGGGAGCACUUUGACCGUGAGGGGUACUCUAUUUGGUAUGGCCUGUACAAAUACCCUGAGGAGCUUACGCUUGCCUUUAAGAGCUGCAACCUUAUCACAGGUAUGUUCCAGCGCCUGGACAAACUUAGAAAGAAUGCCUUUGCCAGCGUCAUCUUGUUUGGCACAAACAAUGACAGCAGCAUCUCCGGUAUCUGGGUCUUCAGAGGCCAGGACUUGGCCUUCACUCUGUCUGAAGACUGGCAGAUCGACUACGAAUCAUAUGACUGGCGCAAGCUGGAUCCAGACAGUGAGGAGUGCAAGACCAUGAUAAAGGAGUACUUUGCCUGGGAGGGAGACUUCAAGCAUGUGGGCAAACCCUUCAACCAGGGCAAGAUCUUCAAGUGAGAAGAUGCUGGAACGUCUGAACGAAGGCACUCUGUGCUUCUGCUCUCCAAAACUUUAAACCUACUGACUCUAAGCCACCAUGUGCUUAAUUAACUGCAAGAAUGACUUGGAAUGACAGUGUUUUGAAGGCGAGUGAAUUUUCUGUGGCCCCAGACUGGUUUGUUUGACCGAAAUAAAACAUUUUCCACAAUGGUA